AUGUCCCAUUCGGCCAAGCAGAGUGCGGCCGGCCGCGUGCGAUCGGAGAUUUCCGACAUGACGCGAGGGGAGCUGGUGAAGGAAGCUUUUGCAUCUUUGGAUGUGCGGCGGAAGGCGGUGCUCGGCUCCCGAGAGUUCAGGCGCUAUGCAGAGAUGACAGGCUACGAUGGAGGAGAGGAAUCUUGGCCUGAGCUCUACAAGGAGCUUUGCGACGACUAUGGAUGGCAGCCCGGAGCAGGGGUUACACUGGAGCAGUUCACAGUCUUCAUUGGCGACGAGUCGCACUCGUCAGACGAUGAACUGCAGGAGCUGGUCCUCGAGCUCCGGCUGCAGCAGGAUGCGGCCCUCCGGCGAUUUCGCAGCGCAGUCUACCGGGUGCUGUGGUUGCUGCGCUACAACGGCAGCAAGCCUCCACGUGGCCAGCUGACGCGACAGGAAAUCGAGAACAUGUCAAGAAAAGAGCUCAUGGAUGCAUUGUUCGAUGCACUGGAUCGGAAACAAACGCACAAACUAGACUCGAAGGCUAUGCGCCAAUUUGCUCAUCUGACUGGCUUCUAUGGUGACGAUGCAGACUGGGAUAUGGAGUUCCAUGGGAUGUGCGAACAUUUUGACUGGAGCGCGUCGGAAGGAAUAAGCAGAUCCCAAUUCCGUCACUUCAUUGGAGACGAGGACAACACUAGCAACGCGGAGCUGCAAGUCCUCAUUUUCAACCUGCCGCAGAAUCCCCGCAGCAGCCUGAUGUUCUCGCGAUACAAGGGUUUGGGCCGAGAAGAGCUUCUCGACGAGCUCUUCAUGGCCCUUUCCGAGGGUCCAGAAAUUCCUUCCUCCAAGCUGCAGCGUGUGGCUGAACUGACUGGUUCCAGUCGUUUGAGAAGCAAGUCGCUUACGAAGUCCCAGUUCCUGGACAUUCUGGGGGACGACGUGCAAACCAGCACAGAAGAGCUCCGACGCGUGCUAUUGACUGUUCGCGGUGAUGUGCAGCUUUCUAGCAAGCCAUGGAGCCGUCGCAGCUUUGCGCAAGCAUGGCGGAGUUCGGACGUGUCGAACAUGGACAGACGGAGCAUGAUCCAGGCAAUCUUCACCGUACUUGAUCAGGCGAAGAGCGGGACUUUGCAGUCGGAAGCCAUCAGAACAUAUGCAGAACAGACAGGGUUUGAAGGGACAGAUGCAGAUUGGGAGGAGCAGUUCGCCGCAAUGUGUCAUCAUUUUGGGUGGACACGAGGUGCAGGGAUCAGCCAAAGUCAGUUUAAUGAGCUCAUUGAGGACGACGAUGAAACAGAUGAUGACGAGUUGCGUCAAGCCUUGCUAAACUUGCAGAUGCAAGCACCGCGAAGUGGCCGCCAGUCUGUGCUGGGGUCGUCGUGGCAGAGGAAGAGUCUACUACAUCUUCAGGGCCUAGACGUGGCACAGACCCUGACCAGGUCUGAAUUGAUAUCGAAAAUAUUUUCCCUGCUGGACACGGCCGGGCAGACGAAAUUGUUUUCUGCGCAGUUCAAGAAGUUUGCGGACUUGAGUGGCUUUGAAGGCGACGGAGCUGAGUGGUCGAGCCAGUUUGCGGCAAUGUGCGAGCACUUCGGAUGGAGCGCAUCGGAUGGAGUUCCCGAAACCCAGUUCGUGCAGUUCGUUGGGGAUGAGGUCGAGAACAGUGAUGACGAGCUGCGCCGGGUGCUGGUCGGCCUACAAUCGCAGCAGUAG